AGACUUGCCGCAGUCGCGUUCCGGCAGCCCACUGGUAUAGACGCGUCCCCCGCUCUAAUACUGUUAAAGUAUCACCUAGAAAAUCAGUGAACCGGUUCGCUUUGACAUCGAGAAGUCGAAAACAGAAGCAAUGACAUCUUGCCGAGUGGCAGCGUGCGUGGCUGCGCUUGCUGCUCUCAGCUGCGCUGUCCCGCAUACCAUACUCGCAUUGGAUCUGAACCGUCUCUAUGGGCACCACACCAAGAGAUCCGAAUACUGCCAUCCGUACGAGCCCUUCAAAUGCCCAGUGGAUGGAAACUGCAUCUCGAUUCAGUAUCUCUGCGAUGGAGCUCCGGAUUGCAUUGACGGCUACGACGAAGACUCCAAACUGUGCACGGCUGCUAAAAGACCACCGGUCGAAGAAACAGCAUCGUUCCUGCAAUCGCUGCUAGCAUCCCACGGACCCAACUAUCUGGAAAAACUCUUUGGCAGCAAAGCGAGGGAUGCCUUGGAGCCGCUGGGUGGCGUUGAGAAAGUCGCCAUUGCUUUAUCAGAAUCCCAGACGAUCGAAGAUUUUGGCGCUGCUCUCCACCUGAUGAGGUCUGAUCUCGAACACCUCCGCUCCGUUUUUAUGGCUGUAGAGAACGGCGACCUGGGCAUGCUUAAAUCUCUUGGCAUCAAGGAUUCCGAACUCGGAGACGUCAAGUUUUUCCUGGAGAAACUGGUUAACACCGGUUUCCUUGACUGAAUAGCACCGGAGUCGGCCUCUGAAUACUACUCUGUUGUCCACUUUGCCCCCAUAAGCUCCUCCUUCUAUAGCUACCUGCCCUAUGACUCCAUAAGAUUCAGGAGAAAGUAAAUCCCUUUCCUGAUCCCAGUGAGAAUGAGUGUGAUAUACCUGUUUAACUACGAGAAAUCCUCUGGGACUAGAAUCUUCUACGACCGGCCACAUAGAACGAUUCCGGUCCCACCGGCAAUUUCUCGAACACCUCCAAAACCAAAGAGAAAUAGACAAGAGAGUAUUGAUUUUCAAAUCCUAGUUAAUAUAUUUAUAUGUGUAUAUUUUUGUAAGCAUGCUUCAAUAGAUUAUUAGAUUGGCCAAGUGUCAGGGCAGUUGCUCGCGUCUCGUCAUGAAGUGUCUGCGGGGUGCGGAGAAGGCUGGCGCGCACUUCAUGAUGCUCUGACACGAUGUUACCGUGCGUGGUUUGUAUGUGUGUUUGUCGCCCCAUCCUUAAUCUAACUCUUCCCUUCUAUCUUGGACAAAUGUCAGAGGCGACUCCGAUGAAACGUGAAGCGUCCAUUCUAAGCGAGAUAUAAAGGCUAACGUUCGAUUACUUGUCGUUAGCUAUUAAGAAACGUUAAAAGAAUAUAUGCGCUUUAUAUCUGGCUUUUUGGAAAAUCCAGAAUAGGACCACGGAAACAUAUCGAUUUAAACUUAAGCGUAGUAAUGAAUACAUAUCAUAGAUUUUAAUGAUCUAUAUUAUUAUUAUUAUUAUCUAACAGUAGCGUAUAAAGUACAAUUAUUUUAAUACGAUCGGUAUUGUAGUUAAACAAUGUUUAGGAGUCUCUUAGUAGGAACUCUUUAAUGUCAAAACUGACUCGAUUGAAUGCAUAGUUGAAGGGUGCUGCACUCGAAUCCAGAUACAUAUCAAAAUAUGUGAUUAUAAUAAUGUUUACUAAAAAUAUUAAAAUUUAUCGUUGGGCGUGAUGUAGACACGACUCAUAGAUUAUUAAUAUUCACGUAGAGUUCAAUUCGUCUUUGUCACGUUUUUUCGAUCUUAGAUUCACUUGAUGUUGUAUGUUGAUAAAAUUUUCGUCAAAUGCGGGCUAUGAAGACAACGAAUUAAUGUAAUGUAAUCAUCGGAGGAAAAUAUCAGGUACACGAUGUUGUAUUAAUGAGGAUUAAUUAAACAAAUUCGAAAAACUUAUGAACGAUACAAGGUGAUCAAAAUUAACGAUUUUUAUAACAUUCGUAAACAGAAUUGUCUUCAAAUAAAAAUAGAAGUCUCCGAAUCUGCAUCAACAGCUAAUUAUGUAGGUACCUAAUAAAUAUGCGGCGUGCUGAGAAAAGCAGCCUGUAUUUGUCAGAAAUUUUAUAACCUCAAAACUUAUCCAGAUAUUUCCAUCGUUAAAUAUUAGGAUCACAACGUUUCAAUGUGUACCUGUAGUGUAGAUAACUUCUCUAUUAGUAAAUUUAAAAUAUUUCAAAGAUGCAUGUUAAUCCGUUAAGACAAUUUUUAAAGAUAUAUAAUAGUUUUAACUUGCGUCAGAAUACUGUCUACAGAAGAGAUGUUUGAGCUCUGUUUAGAUACGUGUUUUAAAUUAAGUAUGCUUAUUGAUCUUAUAUAAAUUAAUAAAUGAAUCAUCUUGAAA